UAAAAUCGACAUGCACUUGACCAAUAACCUAUUUUUUCUAUGGCAAUAACACAAGAUGGCUCACUGUAGCUACAGUAAAUUCUCACAUUUAUUAAAAUUAACAACCGCUAACCUAAAUAAACCAACAUUGUUACGGACAGGGAGAGACAUUCAACAUGCUCCACAACGCUGCAAAUAUUUCAUACGUUUUCACAAGACCUCAGGUUCUGAGAGGUCGUUGCAGGAGAGACAGAAGCAGCACAUGGCUCGUGGCUUGCCCAAACAAAAGCCCAUUGCUGGAGUGAAACAAGUUAUUGUGGUGGCCUCAGGGAAGGGGGGUGUUGGGAAAUCAACCACUGCAGUGAAUUUGGCCCUUGGACUCACAGCUAAUGAUCCAAGUAAAACUGUGGGCAUCUUAGACGCUGAUGUUUACGGUCCCUCAGUUCCUAAACUGAUGAGCCUGAAGGGGAACCCAGAACUCACUGACAGUAGGAGACAUCGAUCUGAAUACAACCUAAUGAGACCACUUAUGAAUUUUGGGAUUCCUUGUAUGUCCAUGGGGUUUCUGGUAGAGGAUGUUGCACCCAUUGUCUGGAGGGGCCUGAUGGUGAUGUCAGCUAUAGAGAAGCUACUUAGACAGGUAGAUUGGGGACUGCUGGACUACCUGGUUAUUGACAUGCCACCUGGGACUGGAGAUGUUCAGUUAUCAAUCACUCAGAACGUCCCAAUAGCAGGAGCAGUGAUCGUGUCCACUCCUCAGGAUAUUGCCUUGCUGGAUGCACGCAGAGGAGCAGAAAUGUUCAGAAAGGUCAAUGUACCGGUCCUGGGUAUAGUCCAGAAUAUGAGCGUGUUUCAGUGCCCCAAGUGUAACCACCAGACCCACAUCUUUGGGGCAGAUGGAGCAAGGGCCCUUGCUGAUACUCUGGGAGUACAAGUAUUGGGAGACAUUCCUCUACACCUGAGCAUCAGAGAGAUGUCAGACAGAGGCCAGCCUGUAGUGGUGUCCUCACCUGACAGCCCUGAGGCUGAGGCCUACAGAAAGGUGGCGACUGCCGUGGUCCAGCGUCUAGAAGAACUCUCUGGUUGAGUUAUUGCCCCUACUGUGUAGGACAACUGGACAACUCGUCAUCGACAAGAGGUUCAGUGCAUUUGGAAAGUAUUCAGACCCCUUGACUUUUUCCACAUUUUGUUAUUCUAAAAUGGAUUCAAUCUUUUUUUUCCCCUCAUCAAUUU